AUGUCAUCAUCAGCUUCAAUGUCAUCGGAAUCAUCCAUGUCGUCAUCGGCUUCUAUGUCGUCAUCGGCUUCGAUGUCAUCAUCAGCUUCUAUGUCAUCGAUGUCAUCAGAGUCAUCAGAGUCAUCAGAGUCAUCAUCGGCUUCAAUGUCGUCAUCAGCUUCUAUGUCAUCAGAAUCAUCAUCAGCUUCCAAACAAGAUUCCUCAGUGUCAUCAGAACAAUCAUCAACUUCAAAACAAGACUCUUCAAUGUCAUCGGAACACUCAUCGACUUCCAAACAAGAUUCCUCUAUGUCAUCUGAACAAUCAUCAACUUCGAUGUCAAAGGAACCAACUCACGAUUCAUUGUCAGACGGAGUUCUUGCUGUCUCUUUUGUUCUUUCAUUAAUUGCUCUGUUUGCAUUCUAA